CAUGGCCAUGAGGACACUCACUCCACUCAUUGCCCUCCUCCUGCUGGCCUUCAAGACCCAGGCAGAGCCUUUUGAAGGAAGUGCUGAGAAGGUUCUAGACCAGGAACAGCUGGGAGAGGAUGACCAAGAUAUGUCCAUAUCCUUUGGAGGGGAUGAGAGCAUUGCCCGUCAAUAUGCAGAUAUGAGGUCACGCGGGACCUGCUUUUGCAGGAGAGCCGGCUGUGGUUUUGGAGAGAGGCACAUUGGGUACUGCAGGUACCAAAACAUUGUCUACCAACUCUGCUGCCGCCAAUGAUGACUAAGAACAAGAAGGAGGGGUUUGCAUUAUGAGUUGAAAGCCUGAAGAAUACUAUUUGUCCUGCGCAUGGCCUUGAG